AUGGCCGAGACGGUGAUUCGAAAAGCUUGUGAUCGCUGUCACGGUCAGAAACUCAGCUGCAAACGAUACAACGACGAACCGUGCGAGCGCUGCGUGAGACUCAAGACCGAGUGCAAGUCGAGUCCUUCUUUGAGAUAUAGGAAGAACCAGCAGCAACAUCAGCAGCAACUUGUGGAAAACAGUAACAAUAGCAACAACAACAACAACAACUCUUCUCAACCAGCACGCAACUCGACCUCGUCGACUGAACGCCGCUCGCCGAAGCGACGACGGACCGACAUCCAGGAAGAUGCGAGUCUUGUCUCACCCGACACGGGUACGUGCCCUCUUUCCUUUCUCUUCUCUCCAUCAUAUUGCCCAGUCUCUGUCUCUGUCUUGGAUCCAACCGACUCACUUCACUGCCGAGAGAGUCAUGUUCCUGUCUCACCCGAUCCCGUCGACAAUUCGAGUUCCAGCGUCGCCGACUUUGCCUUUACCUUUGACCAACAGCUGGCCUUUUUUACAAACAACCCUCAGUAUUUAUCUCAUCCCGAGUUCCCCAUCGACAAUCACCAUCAUCCUUCUGUCUUUUGGGAACAACCAGCAACGACAACUACCACCCCUACUCUUCUCCAACCUGAAGUGCCAGUAGUAGCACCUCCUUAUCAUCAUCACCAUCAUCAAGUUGCACCAGAGAGUGACGCUUUACAAGUGCCUGUGCCCCUGAACAGCGCUGGUGAAAGCUGUGCACCUGAGCACAGCAUCUCCUCUGACAAGCGCGCGUCACGACCGCGGCGCACAACAACAACAAAGCAGAGGCCUAGAACCAGACUCAGGCCGAGGCAGAUCACUCUCCGGCACGACGCUGACCUAUCGCCUCUGCAGCAACCCGAGGCUCCCCCGAUUCACUGGAUGGCGCAGUUGUCCGACAUCAACGCCCGGCUUCUGGACCUGGCGUCUGCUCUGCCUGCUCCCCAGGAUGAACCGUUCAUAGGACGUCCUGUUGACGAGAGGUUUAGGGGACAGGGCUUUCCCAUUGAGGACAUGUUCAAGCUGACCCGUCGAGUCGCCGACAUCCUCGAGAAGCCUCCCUCAAGUAACGAGAGCAACAAGACACAUCACUCCACCAUUGAUGGAAGUGACCCAGGCAACGCCAUGUUCAUCUUGUCGACGUACGUUCGACUCUUGGAUAUGUAUCAACGAGUGUUCAGCCUCGUACACACAGAGCUUAUAUCCCAGCCCGAUGCCAACACAACGUUUAGCUUCUGGAAACUACCCGACGUGACGGUCGGUUCGUUCGCCGUCGAGUCGUCACCCUUUCUUCAGAUGUCUCUCACGAUUCAACUGGCAGAGGAGUUUCUGUCUCGUCUGAGAGGCUCGACGGCGCGUUGGUCAGGGGCUGGUACGGCAUCUUCUAUGUUCUCGGGAGUUGUGGAUGUUUCUUUCCAGGCGUUUCGCGAUCGGGAGGAGGCUUUGGCGAAGCAUUUGGUUGAGUUGCGGAGCGAGAUAGAACCUUGGAUAGAUUCGUAA